AAAGAAGUAUGUGAAGAGUAUGGAGAUAUGGUGACAGCUGGAGAACUGGAUAACAAUGAAAUGAUGAUUAAGAGUUGUCCCAGCUCAUCUGAAAAAAGACAUGCAAUUAUUAAGUAUACUCCAAAGCCAGUUCCACCGAAAAUGCCAAUAAGAACUGUUACGCCGGAUACAGAUGUUCCACAAAAAGCAAAAAGGAACAAUUCAAGUCAAAAAAUUUCAUCUGGUUAUACUCAAACCUCUUCUAUACAUGGUGGUUAUUCUGUACUUACUGCUUUAUCAACAGCUCACAUACUAAAGCCAUUUCUUUCAACUACUACCUCUUCUACAUGAGAUGAUUUUUCUAUACGCAAACCAAUAUUAAACAGUCAGACUACUACUAGUAUGUUAGAAAGCUCAUUCACAAAUGUUUCCACCAAUUCACCUGUAGUUAUUUCUCAAUCUUAUGUUAAUUACAAUAGAAGAGAUUCUGCUUGUGCUCGGGACGAGUUAAUUAGCUCAAAAAAUCUCGAAGAUAAUGGAUUUCAACAUAAAGUAUUACGGAGGUUGGCCCAAAUAACCUUGCAAAUGAGUGAAAUAUCCAAAAAGUUAGAUGCAGUUAAUGGCACCAGAAUGAAAGAUGUUGAAGGAGAGAUAUUAAUACAAUUUGAUGAUAUAGACGCUUUAUAUGAGUUCGAUCGAAAACUUGGAGCUGACAAAAGGGUUUUUAAAAAGUUUUUAAUCAGCUAUCUUCCAUUGGCGGUAACAAUGGUAAAAAAGUGUUGCAAACAUGAUAAACAGGCGACGAAGAAGUUUCUGCAUUUUUUCGAACAAUGCUGAUAAAACUGAAUUUUUCUAAAAAAAGAGUAUUUCCAGCCUUCUAACCGAAUAUUAGAGACUUUUACAAAAGCACUCUCACAAAAUAAUGCUUUUAUAAACAAUUUAAAAGUCUUUCAAAUCGUUAGUCAUUUUCUAAAGGCGAAAAAAAAGAAUCAUCAAUCUUCAUACCAUUUAAUAAAGCUAUUUUAAUAAAA